AUGGCGACUAUCUAUAAAUUCCUGUCCCUUUUCUGCCUGUUGGCUACCGCUAUUGCCCUUCCUGUGGAUACCGAUACCGCCGCCGGGGCAUACCAAUUGAGCGACGAGGCAAACUGGAAGGCCGAGAUCCAUGCGACUGGCGAGGAGCCCAGUCCUCAGAAGGACUUGUGA